AUGUUGCGCACCUCUCUCCUCCGCGCCCCGCGCAUGACCUUUGGGCUCACUAGGGCCUACAGUGUCCAGGCGCCUAAGAAGCUCCCAGAUAUCGAUGCUUCAAAAUUGACCGUCACUCGCACCCAGACUCCCAAGGAGAUGCUGAAGCCGGAGGAGCUAGUGUUCGGACGAACCUUUUCCGACCACAUGCUCUCCAUUGAGUGGACUGCUCAAUCCGGAUGGGCCACUCCCCAGAUCACGCCCUACCAGAACCUCUCACUCGACCCCGCAACAUGUGUGUUUCACUAUGCAUUCGAGUGCUUCGAGGGUAUGAAGGCCUACUAUGACACUCAGGGCCGUGUCCGCCUCUUCCGUCCCGACCGCAACAUGGCCCGUCUCAAUACCUCCUCUGCUCGCAUUGCUCUCCCAACUUUCAACGCCGAGGAAAUGAUCAAGUGUAUCUCCGCAUUUGUCGCCGUCGACCAGAAGUUCGUGCCAAAGAAGAAGGGAUACUCUCUCUACCUUCGCCCGACAAUGAUUGGAACGCAGAGGACACUCGGAGUUGGCCCACCAGGUAGUGCGCUGUUGUAUGUCAUUGCAUCCCCAGUGGGACCCUACUACCCAACCGGCUUCAAGGCGGUCUCACUCGAGGCCACAUCCCAGUACAUUCGUGCCUGGCCCGGCGGUGUCGGAAACAUGAAGCUCGGUGCCAACUACGCACCCUGUAUCGUUCCCCAGCUCGAAGCCGCUGGCCGUGGAUUCCACCAGAACCUGUGGCUGUUUGGCGAGGAGGGCUACGUUACUGAGGUGGGCACCAUGAACUUGUUUGUGGCAUGGACACUCCCCUCGGGUGAGAAGGAACUCGUCACUGCUCCGCUGGAUGGAACCAUCCUCGAGGGUGUGACGAGAGACUGUGUCUUGGCGCUGGCGCGUGAGAAGCUUGUUAAGGAGGGCUGGACCAUCUCCGAGAGGAAAUACACCAUUAAAGAGGUUUCCCAGGCGGCGGAUGAGGGCAGACUGAUCGAGGCAUUUGGAUCGGGUACUGCAGCGGUGGUGAGCCCAAUUAGGAGAAUUGCAUGGGAUGGUGGAGCUGCCGGCACUCCGAGGGACAUCAUGUUCCCAUUGCAGGAAGGCAAGGAGGCGGGAGUGAUCGCAGAGAGAAUGUGGAAGUGGAUGGAAGAGAGGCAGUACGGUGAAGUUGAGAGCGAAUGGAGUCAUAUUGUCCCCAACCUCACGGCCUAG